ACCACAUGGUCACCCUUUAGCCACUAGCAGUCGGCUGGGGGCGGACUUCACCCUUUUACCCCGUAAAUAUAAAUAACCAGAAAAAUCGGCGGGUCCCCCCCUCCUUCUCCAAAGCCUUAGAUGGGAAAGGAAAGCUGCAAAUCGCAGCGUCAGUAACGCCGGCUGGGACGAUGGCAGCACCUGUAGGGAUGAUGGAAGCGAUUUUUGCCAGAAAUAAAGAGGAGCACCCGGAGCCCCUCCGAGCAGAAGUGCAGGGUGAGAUCCCAAGCUGGAUGGAGGGAAUCCUUCUCCGUAAUGGUCCAGGCAUGCAUACAAUCGGGGAAAGUAAAUACAAUCACUGGUUCGACGGCAUGGCUUUGUUGCACAGUUUUACAAUUAAAAAUGGUGAAGUUUUCUAUCGAAGUAAAUACCUCCGCAGCGACACAUACAAUUGCAAUAUUGAGGCAAACAGAAUCGUGGUGUCAGAAUUUGGAACGAUGGCUUAUCCAGAUCCAUGUAAAAAUAUAUUUGCCAAGGCUUUCUGUUAUUUAUCCCACACAAUACCUGAGUUCACAGACAACUGUCUCAUCAACAUAAUGAGAAAUGGUGACGAUUACUAUGCUACAAGUGAGGUUAAUUUCAUUAGGAAAAUCAAUCCUCGGACUCUGGAGACCUUGGAGAAGGUUGACUACACCAAGUAUGUGGCCAUCAAUCUGUCAACAUCCCAUCCCCAUUAUGACAGUGCUGGAAAUGUUCUCAAUAUGGGUACCUCCAUUGUGGAUAAGGGGAAGACAAAAUAUGUUAUCUUUAAGAUCCCUUCUUCAGUACCAGCAAGCGAAAAGAGGAAAAAGAAGUCUUGCUUGAAACACCUGGAAGUCAUGUGUUCCAUCCCCUCUCGCUCCCUGCUCCACCCAAGCUAUUACCACAGCUUCGGCCUUUCGGAAAAUUACAUCCUCUUUAUAGAGCAGCCCUUCAAACUGGAUAUACUCAAGAUGGCAACAGCCUACAUCAGAGGGGUGAACUGGGCCUCUUGCCUCGUGUUCCAUAAGGAUGACAAGACCUGGAUCCACCUUAUUGACAAAAGGACCAAGAAACCUGUUUCUGCCAAGUUUUACACAGAUGCCAUGGUCCUCUUUCACCACGUGAAUGCUUACGAGGAGGAGGACCAUGUGGUUUUCGACAUCAUCUCCUAUAAAGACAAUAGCUUGUACCAGAUGUUUUAUUUAAAAAACCUGGACGGUAACUUUGAAAACAACACCAAACUCAAUUCUAUACCAACCUGCAAGCGAUUUGUGAUUCCUCUGCAAUAUGACAAGGAGGCAGAAGUAGGCUCGAAUUUGGUCCAGCUCCCAUCCACCACUGCAACUGCGGUGAAGGAAAAAGAUGGAAGCAUCUACUGUCAGCCUGAAUUACUAUAUGAAGGAAUAGAGCUGCCUCGCAUCAAUUAUGACUACAAUGGCAAAAAGUACAGAUAUAUCUAUGCCACAGAGGUUAAAUGGAGUCCAGUUCCCACACAGGUAGUUAAAGUUGACACUCUGACGAAGACGGCACUUCACUGGGAGGAAGAACAUUGCUGGCCAGCUGAACCAAUCUUUGUUCCUAGUCCUAAUGCCAAAGAGGAAGAUGAUGGUAUCAUCUUGUCACCCAUCGUAACGUCAGAUCCCCAGAAGCCACCUUUCCUGCUGAUACUGGAUGCCAAAACGUUCAAGGAAAUAGCUCGGGCCAUGGUCAAGACAGAUCUGCACCUGGACUUACAUGGUCUCUUCAUACCUGAGAAGGAUUUGAAAGUGGAGCCUGAGGCAGAUUUGGACAAUGAACAUGAAUAAAGUAGACUGUUUCCUGCUAUAAUCAAAACAUUAAGUCUUGCUGCACACUGCUGAAAAAAUUGCUGUGAUACUCCAGUCCUCAGCACAUGCACCUGUAUAUUACCUGCAAUGCUGGACUAAUGGCCUGGUUCUUGGCAUAUGGUGCAAGCUGUCUGCAGUAUUUUCUGGGUGCUUUUGCCAAGCUUUGCAAGAUGUCUGUGCAAUGAACAUACGACUUAGUUGCUUGAACAAAGUGUGUUUACAAUGUGGUGUGUGCAACAUGAAUCACACUUUCCAAAGUUUGAAAUCUUCAAGGAUUGUGUUCAGCACAUAAUUAGAAGGAAACCCUCGAUAAUCUGAGUUUGUCAGAAAUUCUGGUGUUUAAUCGCAAUUCAUUUGAGAUUCAUUGUCAGCUGAUUACUUUGGUGCUUCAUUUGCUAAAUUCAAUGACCAAAGUGAAAUGUCAAGUUAAGGUGCUAAAAGAUUUCUUGACCUGACAUUCUGUAUUAUUUCAAAAGAAGGCAAGGCUCAUCCUCCUUCCUGUGUGGAAAAAUGUUUAAAUCCAGAAUGCUUUUAUAUUAUUUUUAAUUAUAUUGUAAUUAUAUUUAAAGCAAGCCUUUUUCCUUUGAAUCCUUCAGAUGUACUUAUUUUUAGAUCUUUUCUUUAGGAACUUCUAAUGCAAGUUCAGUGGGCUUACUGUCCUUACUGUCUCAUAAGUAAAUUAUGCUUUGCGAUUUCAGCAGAA